GAGAAGCCAUUCGGCCCUCUGGACGGACGGACGCGCUGCUGGCCGGAGGAGGGCGAUGCCCCAGAGAGGCUAAAUGGCGCCCCGACGGAACCCGCUCGCCGCCUUCCUCGGCCUCCUCGCCCUCCCAGGAAUAUGGUGCUUUAGUGAACUGUUUUUUGCGAAAGAGCCUCAGGACGUAACUGUUGCUAGGAAGGAGGCUGUGGUUCUGGACUGCCAGGCACGAGGCGAAGUCCCCAUCACCAUCACAUGGCUCAAAAAUGGGAUGAAGGUGGCUGAAAAUGAACGGAUCUACACUUUGUCUAAUGGUUCUUUGUACAUCAGCGAAGUGGAGAGCAAACGUGGGGAAACGCUGGACGAAGGACACUACCAGUGCUUGGCUCUCAACAAAUAUGGUGCUAUCCUCAGCCAUAAGGCCCACCUUACAUUAGCCAAUUUUCUGAAAGCCUAAUUGAAUAGCAAGCCG